AUGUACCAUAGCCAGUUGGCCAUGGGAGCUGUCAUGGCCGACGCCGACGGCUGGCAGCUGCCCGUCCAGUACGGAGACGCUGUUCAGGAGGCGGCUUAUCUCCGCGAGACCGUUGGAGUCUCCGAUGUCAGCCCCUUGGGCAAAGUCAGGGUGGUUGGCGCGGACGCUUCUCAGGCCGUCGCGGUACUGCUGGCCAAAGCCACGGAGCAGACGGUCGGCACUGUAUCCGAGGCCGGCUCCGCCUUCGAAGGCGGGGGAAAGCUGUUGUCUGCCUGCUUGGCUCCCGAUGAAUUCCUGGUUCUGACGCCCACCGGAAUGGCCUCUUCUGCGUCAAACACAAUCCAGUCAAGCGACCCUGUGUGCGCCCACGCCGUCGACGUAACAUCCGGCCUCUGCGCCGUGUCGCUGGUCGGCCCGGCCACCCACGACCUCCUUAGCCGAAUCACUGAACUGGACGCAUCACCUGCCGCCCUGCCGGACCUCUCCUGCGUCCAGUCACGCUUCAGUGACGUGCAAGGGCUUCUGGUCCGAAGAGACGUCAACGGCAUCCCCAUAUACCAUCUCUACGCCAGCCGGGAAUUUGGCGAAUACCUCUGGGAGGCCCUCAUCGACUCCGCCAAAGAGGUCGGAGGCGGCCCGGCAGGAACCGACGCCCUGUUGGGCCUUCGAGAACGAGAUUAA